AUGUCUGCAGCCGAUGUGUCCAAUGCCACCCCGGCCGCUGGCCAGAACGGCGCCGACGCUACUACCCAAAAUGGUGCCCCUUCGAUCAACACCAACGUCGCCCCCGAAGGUGCCAACGAUGAGCAGACUCCUGACUCUGCCGCUACCCCGAACACCAAUGCUGCUCACUCCGCCUCCCUCUAUGUCGGUGAGCUGGAUCCAUCCGUCACCGAGGCCAUGCUCUUCGAGCUGUUCUCCUCCAUCGGUCAAGUCGCCUCCAUCCGUGUCUGCCGCGAUGCCGUCACUCGACGUUCCCUGGGCUACGCUUAUGUCAACUACAACAACACUGCUGACGGAGAAAGAGCCUUGGAAGAUUUGAACUACACCAGCAUCAAGGGCCGUCCAUGCCGUAUCAUGUGGUCUCAACGUGAUCCUGCUCUUCGCCGUACUGGACAAGGUAAUGUCUUCAUCAAGAACUUGGAUGCGGCUAUCGACAACAAGGCGCUCCACGAUACCUUCACUCAAUUCGGCAACAUUCUCAGCUGCAAGGUCGCCCAAGAUGAGAUGGGCAACUCCAAAGGCUAUGGUUUCGUCCACUACGAAACCGCUGAAGCCGCCAACGCAGCCAUCAGAUCCGUGAACGGCAUGUUGUUGAAUGACAAAAAGGUCUUCGUCGGUCACCACAUUGCGAAGAGAGAUCGUCAGAGCAAGUUCGAAGAGAUGAAGGCGAACUUUACCAACGUUUACGUCAAGAACAUCGACGAGUCUGUUACCGACGACGAAUUCACCAGACUCUUUGAGCAGUACGGUGAUGUACUCUCCGCCACUAUCACCCGCGACGAGACUGGCAAGUCACGUGGCUUUGGUUUUGUCAACUUCCACGAUCACGAGGUAGCAUCUAAGGCAGUUGACGAGCUCAAUGACAAGGACUUCCAUGGCAAGAAUCUGUAUGUGGGCCGUGCGCAAAAGAAGCAUGAACGUGAAGAGGAACUCCGCAAGCAGUACGAAGCUGCCCGCAUGGAGAAGGCAUCGAAAUACCAAGGCGUGAACCUGUAUGUCAAGAACCUUACCGAUGAUGUCGACGAUGACAAGCUUCGCGAUCUCUUCAGCGGCUAUGGCACGAUCACUUCUGCGAAGGUCAUGCGCGAAACUGCUGAUCGCACUGCCUCUCCCGCUAGCACUGAGGAGAAGGACAAGGAGAACAAGAAGGAAGAUGGCGAGACGCCUGCAGAGGAAGCCAAGCCUGAAACCGAGGAGGGAGCUACCGAGGAAUCCAAGGGUGAGGAUGCAGACACCAAGAAGGAGAACAAGACCCCCUCGAAGACUUUCGGCAAGAGCAAGGGCUUCGGCUUUGUCUGCUUCAGCAACCCAGAUGAAGCUUCCAAGGCUGUUUCGGAGAUGAACCAGAAGAUGGUAAACAGCAAGCCACUGUACGUUGCUCUUGCCCAGCGCAAGGAUGUUCGCAAGAGUCAGCUUGAGGCUAGUAUCCAAGCACGAAACACCCUGCGCUCACAGCAACAAGCUGCGGCUGCCGGUCUGCCCCAAGGCUACAUUCAGCCAGCUGUCUUUUAUGGUCCAGGUCAACAAUUUAUGCCACCCGGAGCUCAACGUGGAAUGCAAUUUGGUGGCCAACCUGGCAUGGUCCUUCCUCAGAUGCAAGGUGGCCGUGGUCAAUUCCCUGGUGGAUUCCCACAACAAGGCCGAGGUAUGCCUCAAGGCCAGCAGCUACCACCUAGCUUCGGUUUGCCGGGUCAGAUGCCGGCAUUCAUGCAGAAUCCAGCUUUGGUCAACGGCAUGUACAGCAACCCGCAGGCACUCGCACAGAUGCAAGGUCAGAUGGGCCGUGGUGCAGGCGGCCGUGGCCAAAUGCAAGGCAUGCAGGGUAUGCCUCCUAACAUGCAGGGCAUGGGUGGUGUUCGUGGUGGACCAAACUUUCCUCAAGGUUCUGGUCGAGGUGGUAUGCAGAAUGUUCCAGGUGGUCAAGGAGCUGGCCGCAUCCCUCCACAGGGUCGCGGACAGGCUCCCCCUAACCGCGAGGAAGUCGGCACCCCUAGCACUAUCGGCAACCUGGCAUCUCUGCCUCCAAACCAACAGAAGCAGAUGCUUGGUGAAGCCAUCUACCCCAAGAUCCAACAAUUGCAACCAGAACUUGCUGGCAAGAUCACUGGUAUGCUACUGGAGAUGGACAACUCGGAGCUCCUGGCCUUGGUUGAUGACGAUGGUGCUCUCCGCUCCAAGGUUGACGAGGCUCUUAGUGUAUACGAUGACUACAUGAAGAGCCGAGGCCCUGAGCCUGGUCCCAACGGCACCAAAGAAGAGGACACUUCGAAACCUGAGGAAGCUGAGGCUGCAGCCUGA